GGCGCCCUGGGUUUGAAAUAGGGCGGUUGGCGCGGCCGCGGGAGCCGAGAGCGGAGGCCGACGGUGGGCUGGGCUCCGUCCGGGUCUGGUGUGGGGCGGGCGGCCGCGGGAGCAGCAUUGUCUUGCAAAAUGGUGGAGGACGAACUGGCACUAUUCGAUAGAAACAUAAAUGAAUUUUGGAAUAAAUUCAGAAGCACUGUCAGUGACACCUCCUGUCAGAUGGUGGGACUAAGAGAUACCUACAAGGAUUCCAUUAAAGCAUUUGCAGAAAAACUGUCUGUGAAAUUAAAGGAAGAAGAACGAAUGGUUGAGAUGUUUCUGGAAUAUCAAAAUCAGAUCUGCAGGCAGAAUAAGCUCAUUCAAGAAAAAAAAGAGAAUUUGUUAAAGUUGAUUGCUGAAGUAAAAGACAAAAAGCAGGAAUUGGAAGCACUGACGGCAAAUAUCCAGGAUCUUAAGAAAGAAUAUGCUAGGAAGAAGGAAACUAUUUCCACUGCUAACAAAGCUAAUGAAGAGAGGUUAAAAAGGCUACAGAAAUCUGCAGACUUGUAUAAAGAUCGACUUGGACUAGAAAUUCGAAAAAUUUAUGGUGAUAAAUUGCAGUUUAUAUUCACUAAUAUUGACCCUACGCAUCCUGAGAGCCCGUUUAUGUUUUCUCUGUGCCUGAACGAAGCAAGGGACUAUGAAGUGUCAGAUAGUGCCCCUCACCUGGAGUGCCUAGCGGAAUUUCAAGAAAAUGUAAGGAAGACCAACAAUUUUUCAGCUUUUCUUGCCAAUGUUCGGAAAGCUUUUACUGCUAUGGUUUAUAAUUAAUGUAUAAAUAGUAUAUAAAAACUGUUAUCCCUAUCGUGUUUCUCUUUUUUUAAAAAGAUCUCAUUAUUCGUUUGCCUGUAAUCCGUUUGUAUUUUUGUAACAUUUCUAUGUGCUGAUUUCUAUAAAUUAUUUUAAUUAAAAUCUUAGGAAAGAAGAUUUAUAAAGUCAAGCUUUUGGAGGUCAUAGACCAGUAAUAAUACAAAAGGAGGGGGGUG